AUGAACAUGAUACCCGUAUUCUUAAAAAUGAUAGAAAAGAGUCUGGUGUUGUACUUAGAAGGUUCAAGGCUUAUUUAUCACUAUGGUAAAAUACAGAGCGACACAAAUUAUAUUGACAAAUUUAAUGUGCAACUGAAAACAUUUUGUACUGUGUUUGCUCAGUAUGUUAAAUUGAGAGCAAAAGGUAAAAACAUUACUAAGAUAUUCACAUGUAAUGAAGCCCUUGGAAAUUUCAUUGUUGUGUUACUUAGUGUUUAUUGGAGAAAAAUAGUGAAGAAAUGUAUGGACAUGUAUUUGUUCACGUUGUCGACAUCGGACGACACAAGGAAGAAGGCAAUGAAUAACGAUAAAGAGAGGGGAAAGUACUCUAAAAUGGAAGAAGCUUUGACAGUGGACAAAUACGCGACUUUGGUCCAACUCCUAAAAACAGACUUUUUGAAGUGUGUUGGGUCGUUUGUAUACUUCUAUGAAUGCAACGCACCACGAAUCACACAAGUCCAGAAUGUGUCUGACUAUUACACAAUGGUGUUUUCAAGACACUUCUUGGCUGCAUAUAAUUGCAGAGAAUGCUUUUGCUUCAAGUGA